CUUUUCGACAAUUAAAUUUUCUAACUGUACCUAAAAGUAAGUUUGUAACACACGAUGACAUUUUUGGAUAGCGCAGUGGUCUGGGCUACGGACCACAGAUUUAUUAGUUUAGAGUUCGUGACCCUUGACAUAACCAAAUUUACACUCAGAGUGAAAAGAGUCGCCAGCUCUCUGUCAUUCCAGACAUAUUAAUUACUUGAUAUGAUCGCAUCGAGGGGAUAGACCAUGCGCACAAAGUCUUACCAUACGGUAUCCUUGGAUGGACCAUGCGCACAAAGUCUUACCAUACGGUAUCCUUGGAUGGACCAUACGCACAAAGUCUUGCAUCCUUGACACAAGCUUCGAAGAGGCUAGGUAGAUGAAAAUACAAAAAAAAUUUAAAUUUUGAAAUGCUUUGAGCUUGAUCAGAAUUCUCAGUUCCUUUGUUUUAAAAAAGCAUUGGAUCAAGUUUGGCUCCAUUUGCUCAUCAGAAGCCUGGACGACUGCUGUAUAAAUAGGAGAAGUUGUGCUUUCAGUGUCGCCUUUCUCAUUUUUUUAUAAUUAGCUACUAGUAAGCAAACAUAUGAGUUUGCAUGUGUUUUGCCAAGCUAAUUCGGUGAAAUACGUAUAGUAAAAGCAAACACUCAAAAUUAGCUUUUCGUUAGAAGUUACUUUGUUUGCUGUUAUAAGACAAAUGACUGUCCCUUGAGUUAACACCGUAAAUGUGAUACAUAUGUAACGAAGCAUGCAGGAACGAAAACAAAAACAAACGAUAAUCCAGUUUUUCUUCUUCUUCGAUAUUCCCCUAUAUUCCCCUACUUAACUUUGUAAUCUCUUCUGCUACCUACUGUAUCUCACCCCCCCCCCCCCCUCUCUUCUUUUGUGGUAGAGUAAUUUGAAAAAGCAAUUUUAAACUAAGGGAAAAUCAGUUAUUUCAUCUUUAACUUUCAUUUUUCAUAAGGUUGUAACAUCUUGCAACUCCCCUUAUAAUCUUAAUCAGUUAGCUUUUAUAUCUACAUAACAGCACACUGACCAUGCGUAGGCAGGGCCGUUGAGGGGUAGCUCGGGCCCAGUAUUGAUUCACAAAACUGGAAAUUUCCUGUUGCCACGCCCUUAAGUCUCCUGGAGAACAAGGGAAACGUCCUUUUUUGGAAGAAUUGUUGAAAAAAGUUUUUCAAGGAUUUUUAGAAAAAUGUACAAAAACAUUUUACAUCAAUCAAGGACAUGUGGACCUUUCUCUUCGAUAAACUUACAGGCGUUGAUUGCGUAUAAGUAGCUAAAAUGGUACCUUUUUUGCAUUGUAAUUAGAUUUCGUUACUCUUUUUGGCCCGGACUUUUUGCCUCUCCCAACACCCCCCCCUCUCUUGACGCCCCUUUGCGUAGGUGAUAAUAGUCAUAAACACAUAAGCAGCAAUUAAAACCUACUACAAUUCUCUCUCGCUCACUAAUUACAGCAACAACUACGCUCAUUCCAGUCCCUCGUUACUCACAUCCUCACACAUUCACAACAUGUUGUCUACCUGCAAACUGGUAAUGUUAAUGCAAACAAAUUUGUUUAGCAUUAAUCCACUUGACCUCCCAAUUAACGUUGGUUUAUAUUUCAAUUUUGAUUUAUUGUCAGCAUUGUAUAACACAAACUAACGUGGUUUUCAAACUUGAUCUGAAAUUCACUUGAUGGCAAGAUCGACUUUCAAGAAGAAGUUUCUUCAAGGUGUAAAGUUCUUUAUUGACGACCUCAUAAAAAUCUAUUUUUAGAAUUUUUAAAUUUUGAUCCCAUAAACUGAAAGAGGAUCAUAAAAUAACUGUAAAUGUCCAAAAUAUGUCUAUCAUGUUAUAAUAUGAGCACAGGCUCUUUCCCCAUCAAACUUUUGUAAUUUUGUCUCUCUUAAUAACUUUAUGAGCCAAGUCAGUUAUCCAUCAAGCAAAUUUCGUUGGCCAAUCUCACCCGAUUUCUGGCAUAAUUAAAUUAUUUUGCAUAAUUUGAAGUAUUUAUAUUGUCCUAUAAUUUUAUGUGGAAAAAUUCAAAAACUCUAAAAAUAGUUUUGUGACGUCAAACUUAAGAACACUAUUGCGUUUAGUUUUAUCACGCAAUUUUUAUAAUUUAAAUGUCAGUGAAUCAUGUAGUACUGAUAAAGUAUGACGUUCGUUACGCAAGAAUUGAUAUGCUUAUUAGAAUAAGCAAAAAUACUUAAACAUUAACAAAUAUUUUAACAGCCGUUGUUCUGCACCUGUUGCUCUCUUAUCAUUAUAGAAGUAAACAAGAAUCGUUUGAAAAAUUUUCCUUGAAAAUGCCACUGCUGGGUGCCGUGUUUUAACUUUAAACUCUAAAUUUCUCUGCGUUCUCCAGGAGCUUGUCUCUCCUAUUUGCUUUCACUGGCGGUACCUUUAAGAAAAUAUAUGCUAUAUCAAAUGUGUAUAAAGAUAGAAUAUAAUUCCUAUUUUCAUGUAGGGCUAGGCCCUCGUUCUGUAUUUCCUAAUGCUGAUAAGACCGUAUUCCUCUCGUGCUGUUACGCACGCCCGUUCUCUACCCUUGGCUCCGAACUCUACCCUUAUCUAAUCUCAGCAGAAUAAUAAAUUUUAAUAACGCGUCCACUUCGCAACAUAACCGAGAGAUUAAAAUACUUUAUUAUACUAGAGUCCAAAUUCUAUAACAUAUGCUAUUGGUUGUCCUUAUAGUAUUGUCAAGAUUAUUCUAUUAAUCGGUCUGUCGGUGUGAGAAUUCGCUCUUUCCAUUGCCAGUCAACCCAGUCUUUUCAAACUAUACAUCUGUAAGCCUAUUGUCUUGUUUUCAAACUAUUUCUCGGCCGUUCUUGAUACAGUUUUAUUGAAAAAGCACAAUAUGCGUGUUUUGUUUUAGAACAGCUUGUCUUCGUAAAAAAUUCAAUACCUUGGUUGACAACAUUCGUAUCUUUUAACGGCAGGUGAAGUACAAAACGUUUAGAAAGAAGUUUAGUUAAGAGAAAAUUGCUGUAACGUGUUUGAGGGAUCACGAUAAAAAAGUAUAUUCAAAAAUAACGGUCGAAAAUAAUGAUUAGCUAUUUGAUGAUUGCUGUAAUGCAGAUGUGUAUAAUUGUAUGAGAAGUAAAUCCACUUAAAGGCAGUGAAAAGAUCUCCACUCGUCAUCAUUAAGAAUUUAUAACAACUCUUUUGUGGCAGACGCUGUUUUGAUAUUUACGGCCUUACGCUCACUUUGAUUCAAGCCAGAGCAAAUGUGGGUAUGGAUAGGACCGACAGUGCGAUGGAUGAAGAAUUUACACCUGUAAAAAUACUCUACACUGUAUGAAGCAGACAAACAACUUCGUGGGACAUUAAACUAGAAUAUCUUUAUACCUGCAGCUAUUAAAUAUGACAGUUGUCUAAAGAUAUUGUUAAAAAGUCGUGCAAGUUAUUCAGUCGUUUUAAACACCGUUUAAGCCCGGUUUUAUUUACGCAUUUGCAGAAUGGAAGAAGUCUUUAUUAGAGGUCUGCUUGUUUUGACGAUUAUUGUCAUGCUCUUGUUGAACAUUUAUUGCCUUUAUGGCAUCAUAAAAUCAAAACCCUUGCAACCAUCAACAUGGGGAAUAGCCAAUCUGCUGUGCUGUCAUUUGAUACAAGGAAUCGUCGUUGUCCCGUCUUAUCUCCUCAAAAGACUAAAGUUCCAGGAUAAAGAUAUAAGUGGUCCAGUUUGUGAUGUAUUCCGGUUUUCCUACAUGACAAUGAACUAUGCAUCUUGUAUUUCUCUUCUCCUCAUCAGUGCAGAUCGAAUGUAUGCCAUCAGAAAGCCCUUAAGCUACCGCUCCAAUAUGACAAGCCGGAAAAUGGCUGGAUGCAUUUUAGCGAGCUGGGUUUAUACAAUUUUGCUUUGCCUGAUACCAUUCAUACAUUUGUCGAGCAGAAACUCUGAAGGAUGUACAUAUGUUCCCCAAAAGCAGUGGACAAUUAUUAUGCUCGUUUGUAACACUCUACUGCCAUUUCUUCUGAUUAUUUACUGCUAUUACCAUAUUUUUAUUGCCGCGCGAAGAUCGUUCAGGUUACGCGCGGCCCUCUGCCUGGAAAAAGCUGUUCGUGCCCAUCAACUCAAAGUCGCAAAAGUUUCAGCUGCGGUUGCAUUUGGGUAUGCCAUCUGCUGGGGACCAUCUUUUGUGUAUUACUCGUUGUAUGCCUUAUGCCCUAAGUGCAUGGCAUCCCUUGUUAACUCUGGCUCCGUGACAUUUGCUAUGAAGUACCUUACCUUUUUGAAUGGUAUCAUAAACCCAAUUCUUUAUUGUAUUAACAAUGGCAGUUUAAUGAAGCUAGCGAAAGGUUUCAUCUUUUUCCGAGUUCUGAGAUGGCUAAAUAUCCGUUUACGACUGUGUUUUGUGAAACACCGAACAGCAAGACAUAGUGCAGAAGUCGCCGUUGUCUCAAGGACUCCUCCACCUGCAACUAUAUCGCAACUGUAACUAUAUCUAAGAGACAGACAUUGGAGAUUCGGAGGCAAAAGGCCGUAUUGUUCAAUGGAUCAUUCUAAUUAUCGAAUGCUCCAAAUAUUGUAUAAAAUAUCAGUAGCACCAGGGACACCAGGAGUAUACUCAAAAAUACGAAGAGAGUUAAAAGCAAAGGGUUUCUUCGUAAGCAUUGGAAAUCCACACAGGCAAUUGAGAAGCUAGUUAUCGAACGACACCCUAUCCAAAGAAGGAUUUUUCAUUGUUGUGAAUAUUGCUAAAGCACCCCUUUACAUCCUUGUGGAUGCUUCUUUUUCUCAAUGUAAAGUUUUAGAUAUGUGCUUCUCCUUAUUUUCUGUUACCAAGAUUGCAUUUCUUGCUAAAAGAAAUUGACCAUUAAUUUGCAAGCAUGUGAUUUUAUUUGUAAGUUUCGGAUAACUUAAAUAAAUGAGGGCCUUCCUUAGUCGCUUGAAGAAAUCAUUAAUACGUGUCCUAUUGAUGCAAAUAUCCUUUGACUUUGUUGAAGUAUUUUUAUCAGACAGCUAUCAUUAUCGACGGUAUUCUGACGCAUGUGGUGUGGUUUUCUCCUGGAAAAAGCGUUCAUGUUUUGGAUUUAUCUAUAUUACACAAUAAUGUAUUAUGUAUAGUUAUAUGUUGUGUACAUUGGCUGACUAGCUACCAUUCAACCCACCAGGAAGAGCAACCAAAAGGGCGCCAAUAGGUUCGAUAGUUGCUUAACUUUGGGGUUUGUAAAAUGGGUCCGGAAAAAAUUUGUGUAGUGAAGAAUCAGGUUUUUGCAAGCCAUGUCAUAAUUCAUUCUUAAAACUAUUCACAAUGGAAGGCCGAAUUGAUGACAGAAUGAAAAUCAAUUUUUUUUUAAUUCACGAUUUGCUUUUGAAUAAAAACGAUUCUCAGUCAAAUUAACUGUAUUUGAAACGUCUACACGGGUGAUAACAUUUUUAGGUAUCAGAUGAUGUACUGCUCCUCAGAAAUAUGUAGAAAUGGAAGUUAGAUUAAAACCCAAAGCCCAUUUUUCAAUUAGCGUGACAUUAUCUUUCAAGAUUUUAAUGAGAAAGCAACUUCUCCAGCCUGAGAGACACACAUUUUCCAUUAAACUCGGAAUCUUCAUAAAUUUAGCAAAAAAUAUGACUUCAUUUUUACCAAAAAGUAAUUUAUAAAUUUUUGAAAAUUUGUAGCAUAUUUAUAAGUAAAGUAGGAGUGGAAUUACCUCCAGCUAGUCUUAUGAGUGCAUUGUUCUUGUAUGUACGCUACAGUACAGGUACAAAUCAUUUAUAGGAGAUAUAAUGCCAGUACAUCAUCGUGCGGAGUAAACGAUUUACCAAUUAUUAAAGUAAAUGAGGGAAAAAUUCAUUCUUUCUAAACACCAUUUCCCCAAUUUUCAACCCUCCGAUUUCACACCAAAACAAAGUAACAAAUGAAUACUCACUUACAACCAUUCAUUUUGCUUAUUGGACUUCCUUUCUCGUAUCUGACGAUGAGGUACCAACGACGUCCUAUUCAUGGUGCUUCCUUUGAUCGGGAAUAUUUCUUCGCAACUCAGGCCCCAAACGUCCACAAACGUUUAAAUAAAUCCUCUUCAUUUUUCACUUCAGUCAAUAUGUCUUUUUUAAAAAUGAGCAUCAGAUUGACUGAGAUACCAAAUAUUAAAGACUAUAACAAGUACUUUUGCAACACUCAAUAUAAAUCUCGACAUAAAUCAUUUCAAAGUGCCGCUAGUAAUCGGUAAAUUGUUAAUUAUGAUCAGGCAUUGAACAUGUGCUUAAAAACUGAAGACUUGUCUAAAAGAUUUCUGUUAUCCUCUAUCAUGUGUACUGCAGAUUUCACUAGUAAGGGAUAAUUGAUGGCCAAAGGAAAAGCACUACGAUUCAAGAGAGACAACAUAGGGUGUACGCAUAUAUUACGUUACCCGGUAACCAGAAUCUCCAUUAUUUAGUCUCAGAGAUAUAGUUUGGAACUAGUCACUGUAGUUUCAUUCAUCAAGGAAAACCUUUAUCCCUGGAUUUGUGAGGCUCUGGUACCCAGGGCAAUAUUACGUAAACAAAAUGGGUAAAUUUUGAAAAAAAUCUCCUUUUGCUUAAAUCAUCGAGUUUUAACAAUAGGCCAUAAUGACCGUAAGCGUUUGUGUUAAUCCCCCAUCUUUGAAUAGGUAAUAUGUGAACGUUUCCAUAGCCAACACGUAGAUAAUUUUAUCAAACUAUAACCAUUCUGAAUGAAAGAGCACAGGGUGGUUCUAAGUUAAUUUUUCUAAGUAAAGUGAAAACUCUCUCAGUUAUUCGAAAUGAGACACUCGAGAUAAUUCGUGUUAGUCAUAAGUCGAAAAACGAAUAUUGCUAGUCUUGCGUUUUGCACAAAUUUAAUCAGUAAAAGUCAGUAGGCAAACAGUCCAAACAUUAGGUUGUAGAAAAGCGUUGUGUUAUAGGGUUAUGUUACAAAUUAUUUUUAGGAUUUACCAAGGGGUCCCAGGCCCAAGCUUCUCACUAGCUUUACAAGCUUGGCAAUUUUCACAUAAUAUAGUUUCUCUUUAUAAUUUAGUAACGACACUGGUAUUUUCUCAAUUGUAAAUUUAAUUGUUGAUUAACAAAUGUCACAUUGUCUCAUUUUGCUGAUUUCCUGUUCUGAGAUAUCUUCAAUUCUUUUAAAUCCUGGUUAAUUUCUUAACUUAAACUUAAAAUAUCUCAAAAAGCAGUUG